GACGUGGAGGUCCGGGAGCUGGACCUGGCAGACACCUGCUCCAUACGAGCCUUCGCACAGAAGUUCCUGAGAGAGGUCAACGAACUUCAUAUCCUCAUCAAUAACGGCGUGAUGAUGUGUCCUUACAUGAAAACUAUCGACGGCUUGAUGCACAUCGGAGUCAACCACUUAGGUCACUUCCUGUUGACGUCCCUCCUCAUUGGGCAGCUGAAGCGCAGUGUGCAUGCCCGGAUCGUCGUGGUCUCCUCUCUGGCUCACAACUUCGGCUGGAUCCGAUUCCACGACCUGCACAGCCAGGGGAGCUACAACAGCGGCUUGGCGUACUGCCAGAGCAAACUGGCCAACGUGCUCUUCACCAGAGAGCUGGCCCGGAGACUCAAAGGUACCAACGUGACGGUGAACUCGGUCCACCCGGGGACGGUGAACUCCGACCUCACCAGACAUUCGACCCUGAUGACGAUAUUCUUCACCGUCUUCUCCACGUUCCUGAAAACGCCGCGAGAAGGAGCGCAGACGAGUAUCUACUGUGCGGUGGCGGAGGAGCUGCACUCCAUCUCUGGGAAACACUUCAGCGACUGUGCCCCCGCCUUCGUAGCCCCACAGGGCAGGAGUGAGGAGACGGCGAGGAGACUGUGGGACAUCAGCUGUGAACUUCUGGGGAUCGAGUGGAACUGAUUCCACUUUUCACCUCCACGUCACUCUGCUCUCCAACGAGCCCCUCUCUCUCUCUCUCUCUCUCUCUCUCUCUCUCUCUCUCUCAUCCCCCUCUCUCUCUCAUCCCCC